AUGCCUACCCAUAGGCUCAGCAGCGGAUACAGCGGGUAUUUACCCGGUGGUGCUGCUGCCGAUGAGGACCAGCAGCAGCAGCCUGCGCGUAGCGACACAUUUUACGGCCGUCUCGGCUCGACUUCGAAGGAGAAAAGCCAUGAGAUGACUCCAACGAGGCGUGUCUCCUUCUCGCAGCUUUCUUCUCUUCGGAAAAUUUGUGUCCGACUUUCCUUCGAUGAAGACGCGUACCCAGGAGGGAUUGACAUUGAUAUAUUUGCACUUCUUUUCGAUACCGAGUGCUCCUUCGUUGACUGCAUUUUCUACAAACACCCUGAAGAUGCGAGCUCCAGUUUUUCUCUUAACCAAAAGACGAAUUCUCUCGCUAUUGAUCUCGAGACCGUUCCUGACACCUGUCACUCCAUCAUCCUUGCCGCUGCUGUCUACACAACGGGCAUGUCUAUCGCGGAGCUGGAGGGGGGCGUGAUAGAGAUAUGCGGGGGGUUUAUGGGUCCUGUUUUGUUCUCUAUUCCCCUUCAAUCUCUUCAGCCAAACACAAAAAACGCAGCGGACGCAGCGGGUUUGGUAUUUUUCGGUAUUUCGGAAUUCAACGGCAAAUGGAGAUGCCGCAGCCUCGAGAAAUUUUGCAAGGCUGAACUGCCGUCUUUGAUGGAAGUUGCAAAGGCAAGAGAACAAGAAGAAAUGAUUUUUUUAAAUAUUCCCCCUCAUAAUCUCGUUGCUUUAAUAUUGUUUAAUGUCGAACAGCUGCAUUUCACUCCGUUGGCUUUCUCUUCUUGUGAUUUCAUGUGA